CCGGGGACACAGACCGUGCGCGGUGCCGCCCGGCCCGGCCCGGCUCGGAUGCCGCCAUGGGGAGCCGCUUCUCCAGCAUCCCCGCGCUGCCCCGCGGCGGCCAGGGCCGCCUGCACCGCGCCCGCCACCACCGCCUCAAAGAUUCCAUUGGUGGGUCAUUUUCAACUUCCUCCCACCGAUGCCACCACAAGCAGAAGCACUGUCUCCCCAUCCCACAAUGUGGAACUCUGUCCAUCAGCCCUCUGCUUUUCCAUCCYCACACGAAGGGAUCCCAGAUCAUCAUGGACACAACACAGAAGGCGGUGAAGCGCCAGGCUAGCUUCUGCAAUGCCAUCACCUUCAGCAACAGGCCCAUUGUUAUUUAUGAACAAGUCAGGCUUAAGAUCACUAAAAAGCAGUGCUGCUGGAGUGGGGCUCUUCGGCUCGGCUUUACCUCCAAGGAUCCGUCGAGGAUUAACCCCGACACUCUGCCAAAGUAUGCGUGCCCUGACUUGGUUUCCCAAAGUGGGUUUUGGGCCAAGGCUCUGCCAGAAGAGUUUGCAAACGAGGGGAACAUCAUAGCCUUCUGGGUGGACAAGAAGGGACGGGUUUUCUACCGGGUGAACGACUCUGCUGCGAUGCUCUUCUUCAGCGGGGUGAGGACGGCAGAGCCCCUCUGGGCGUUGAUCGAUGUCUACGGGCUCACCCGCGGGGUGCAGCUCCUAGACAGUGAAAUCAUCCCUCCCGACUGCCUGCGGCCCCGCUCCUUCACGGCCAUCCGCCGGCCCUCGCUGCGGCGGGACACGGAGGACACGCGCCUCUCGGUCAGCCUGUGUGACCUCAACCUGCAGGAGGACGCUUUCCACGUGACGGCCACCACCUGCCCCAUCCCGCAGAACUCCCUCAACUCCCAGCACUCCCACCUCCUCCCCUCCCAGCUGGAGAGCGACCUCCGCUUCCACCACCUCCGAGGACCCCAYGUCAAAAUCCUCGAUGACCAAACCGUGGCCCGCCUGGAGCACGCCCGGGAGGAGAGGACUUUGGUUUUCACCAGCAGACCCCUUCGGAUCAACGAAACAAUUUUCGUCAAAAUCAACAAGUCCAACGYGGUGCGCACAGGGACGCUGUCCUACGGGGUGACGUCCUGCGACCCCGGCACCCUGCGCCCCAGUGACCUCCCCUAUAACCCCGAAUCCCUGGUUGACCGAAAGGAGUUCUGGGCCAUCUGCCGAGUGGUGGUGCCCCUCCAGAGYGGAGACAUCCUGGGAUUUAUGGUGAAUUCAGACGGUGAGCUGCACUUGAGUCACAACGGUGCCGGCAUUGGCAUGCAGGUCUGUGCGGACUGUUCCCAGCCCCUCUGGAUGUUCUUCGUUUUACACGGCGCCAUCAUGCAAAUUCGAUUGCUGGGUUCCACCGUAUUAGCAGAGCGGCUGGGAUUGUCGACACCGAGCUCGCCCACAUCACCACCCAAUUCCCCCACCGUCCUCUGCAGUGGCGUCUCUGGCCCCUUAUUGUCUACGUGUGGCUCUGGCCCCCUCUGCAGCUCUAUCAGUGGCACAGCUCCCAACUCUCCAAGCAGCUUGCCUGAGUCCCCCAUCUCCCCGUCCGUCUCAGGGCCCUGGGUAGAUGAAUGCACCAUCUGCUAUGAGAACAYGGUAGACACAGUCAUUUACUCCUGUGGACACAUGUGUCUCUGCUAUUCCUGCGGGCUGAAGCUCAAGAAGAUGGCCAACGCCUGCUGCCCCAUUUGCAGACGGGCCAUCAAAGAUAUCAUCAAAACGUACCGCAGCACUUAGAGCAGCAGCAGUGCCGUGGUGGGACYGGGCAGGUGGGGAGGAGGCUGUGGAACAACACAGGUCUUGGUCUUUAUUCAUCACCCAGGAGAUUCAAAAACCAUCACCCACCACCACCUGACCUCCUCUUCCAUGGACAACAGAUGAGACAAGCUGCUCUUCUACCCCCAAAGCAAGCCCUGGGGCUGAACUCCAGUGUCAGGGAAGUUGCAAUGGACUACUCUCCCUUGUGGAUUUUAAACUUUUAUCUCAAAAAAAGCCAGCUGGUGCAAUCAUCCCUUUUCUACACCGUGCACAGCCGAGGGGAGUCUCCACUCUUYAGCAGAGACAGCAAGUGGUGAAAGGUUCAGUGCUACACAUCUCCUUUUAGAGGCACCCCACGCGCAGAGACAGAGAAGAAACAGAGGAGAAACAAGGAACACAUUUCUGUGUGCAGCCAGCCUGACCAGAGGGGACUCCUUAGAAAGGACCGAGCAAGGCAAGCGUUGACCCUGGGAGGGAGCACACUCACAGCAGAGAGGCUGGGGCCAGUGCAGAGAAGAACCCAAGAUCUGUGCAGCAAAACCCACCCCAAAUCUGCAAACAGAAGAGCAGAUCCAUGGCAGCCCCUUGAAGGCUGCCCUCARUUCCUCCAUUGCCAUUUUCUGACAGAGGCUUUCUUGGUGGGUUUGAUAAUCAACACUGGCACAGCCCCACAGCCCCUCAUGCCCCCAUCCCGCUGCACAAGAAGCAGCUCUCGAGCCCCACCACCUCCCCCCUGUGCAUGGUGUCCAUGCAGCACAGGGCAUUCAUCUCUGCUCCCAUGGGCCUGCGGCAGAGGGAGACCCAACUCCCUCACCUUUCUGCCCUACCAUCCAGACAGCACUUGUGAGGAAAAACCCCAACCUCACCGGGGAAGAAUGUAUCAACCCACAUGUCUGUGGGUUACCUUUACUGGUAACUUUAUCACUGUGCUUUAAGACAAAACCAGCCAGGUGGUACUCAGCUCUUCACAGCCACACCGGCAGGACACGGCUGUCCUUAYGUGUCAGGAAGUAAGGAACGAAAAAAGUAUAACUAGAGGGGUUUGGUUUGCUUUGGUUUAUUUAAAGAAAUCCCUUUGUCUCCUGCUCGAGUUGGGAACCCAGCUGUGCCAAUGGUGGCCCCCAUGGUUGCCAUGGUAACCGCUGCUGCUCUGCCAUGGCCGCAGGCCUGACCCGGGGCUGUGGCCCUUAGGCCUGGGCUGGGUGCCUUGGCAGCUGUAGGAGCUGUCUGCCUCCCUUCCCAACCCAUCCUGCUGCCUGCCAGGGAGGGACUYUGGGUCCUGAGGGAGGGUCAGGGCUGGGGUGCCACAGCAGUGGAGUCUGCCCCAGCACAUCACCCCUCUGGCCAGACCAGGGAAGGCUGUGGAGUGCACCCUUUGUGCAGAGCUUUUCCUUCCACCCCAGCAUUUGGCCAGUGAUAGGAUGGGGGAGCAGUGUGGUGUAGGGAUAACAGCAUUUAAUGCACACACGUUGUGGGUUUUCACCACCCACACUGGCAGAGGCUGCUCCUAAAAACACCUGGAAAAUCUAAAUACACCCUGAAACAUCCUCACUGUGUCUCUCAAGGAGAKGCAAAAAGAGACUGCUCACUGGGGAGACAUUGUAGAGCCUUUGUGUGAAGGUGCCACCAUCACUGCAGCCCAUCCCGGAGGGUCUGCAGCU